AUGGCCCUGUCGGGAGGCUGUGUCUUGAGACCCUGGGACGCUUGGCUACCACAAGGAUUGAGGAUCAUGCACAGCGGGUCGUACACCAACCCCUCCAUUAGAACCCACAGUGACACAAGUCCUGCCUACGGAUGGGGUUUAGAAGAAGAAAGUUGCCGCCAAGCAACUGGCCGACGCGCAUCCCACCGGGUCAUCCUUGGCAUUCUAGGCAUGCAUCGGAGACUAAGUUGGUCUGCAGUCGGCUUGGUCUGCGGCCCCGUCCAACGGAAACACCAAGACCGCUAUGCACGCCAUGUGACAGUGGAUAUCCUUAUCUCGCCUCAAUUCCUGCAGAUUCCUUAG